AUGAACACUCCACCGUCUCCCGAGAACAAUGUCGCCAAAGAGGACCAAGGCAAAUCUGCCCAUCAAAGCCGGGUGCGGCGAAGAAACCGCAUGAUCACUUCCUGCCUAGAGUGUCGCCGUCGCAAACUCAAGUGUGACAAGCUCCAUCCAUGUACUAACUGCAGCAAGUCUUCUCGCGAUUGCCUGUUCCUUGCUCCAGCGUUGGACUCGGUUUCCCAGCAACGUCUCAAUGAAAUCAAGGAGAAGAUGGGUUCGCUUGAAAGGGUCCUUGAGCAAGACAUUGUGCGGAAAGAAGGACGCAGCACCGCUAGUUCUGCUUCGCAACCAAGAAGGACAUCCACCGAGUUGCCCGGGGGCGGAACAAGCAGUUCCGACAAUGAUGCUGCCAUACCUGAAGAUGAGAUAGGUCUAGAGCCAACACCUAUGGCAGUAAUGGAUGCUUCAUAUGAAGACGAUGCUAAUGAUGACGUGCUGGACCUGGGCGUCAAGAUUGGGAGAAUGAGGUUAAACGAACGUCUGGGAGGCUUCUUCCGCCCCAGGAUCCACGAGGAGGUACUUGCAUGCUUCUUUCUCGAUGCGCCGACCACUGACACGAGACAGUUGAGCCAAACGCUUUCGACCCCGAGCACCGAUUCCAGCAACCCCUUGGACAGACGGACAUCCCUACCGAAACUGCCCGACCACGACUUAGACUUUUUGGCUCCAGGCCCGACGUAUAUUGCACCAGGUUCUGGGUUUCUAUUCGGCGACGUCGGGAGCAAGAGAUCCCUUAUCAACUUCCUGCCGUCAAAGGGCGCGGCUGACAACCUUGUGCGCACAUACCAUGAAAACGUCCACUUCAUUGCUCGCGUAGUACACUGGCCGAGUUUCCAGCUCCAUUAUGACAACUUCUGGACAUCUGUCCUCGCCGGGCUCGAGCCUCCGGCUUGGCAACAAGCCCUUGUGCUCUCGAUUCUGUUUGCAGCAGUGGCGAGCAUGGCUGACGAAGAGGUCAGCUUGAUCUUUGCCAGACCCAAACCAGUCAUUUUAGGCAACUUCCAGACAGGGACGGAGGUCGCCUUGAGCAAAGCUCAAUUCCUCCGGGCGACGAAAUUCGAAACGUUACAGGCUCUGGUUGUAUACCUGAUCCCCAUGUGUCGGGAUCAGGUUUCGCGUGCCCAUUCGGUGCUGGUGGGUAUGGCGGUUCGCUUGGCUGAGUGUAUGGGUCUUCAUCGCGACCCCGAGGAUGUCUACGGCAUGUCUCCGAUCGAUUGUCAUGUCCGUCGCAUCGUAUGGUUUGAGCUUUGUUGGUUGGACUUUCGAACUUGUGAGGGCCAGGGGCCCCGUCCCGGGAUCAAACGAGAGGAUUACGAUGCCAAGUUCCCCCUCAACAUCAACGAUGCCGAUCUGCUCUCAGCGAGGCCUCAGGAAACCAAUGCCCAGUGGACGGAUAUGACCAUGUCACGGAUUCGCUUUGAAUGCAUUGAGAUGCAACGGAUCAUCUGGUUCGAUCGAGUUCGGAUCGAAAGGAAGAAGGCAUCCUUGACACAUGUCCUGGGCAAAAUCGAGUCAUUUCGCAGAGCCAUGGUGGCCAAAUACACGCCCAUUCUGAACGUGGAGAUUCCCUUGCAGAAAUAUGCACGACUGGUGAUGAUUUUACUGAUCCAGCGGAUGUAUGUCAUGGUCUUACAUCGCUAUCUCAACAAUCCCAGCAAUCGAGUGCCGGAGAGACUUCGUCACCUCACGAUCCACAGCGGAGUUCAGGCAACGGAAAAUGCCAUUGCUCUUGAGCGGAUUUCUGACAUUCAACGCUGGAGAUGGUUCAAUGGGGCCUAUCAGCAAUGGCACAUGGCAUUCCUGCUGUUGACGGUCGUUCACGAAGAACCCACACUACGAGAGGCGGAACGAAUCUGGAACAUCCUUGAAUUCGUUUUUGAACCUGAUCCGUCGCUCUCGCGUACCAUGAAAUCGAGGAGCAUCAUCUCGGCGAUCCGAGAUCGAACCGCGGUGUACAAGGAUCUCCGCCGGACACGCGUCCCUGUCAGCAUGAAAGUUGGGUUGGACACAUCCAGCAGGCCGACCGAGGCUGUUGGCAGCACAGGCGAUGCUAUGACUACCGAACGCGCUCCAGAAUUUGUCUCCUCGACUGUGGCUGACCAGAAACCAGCAAACGUGGGGGACGCUGCCGAGCAAUCGUGGAGUUUUGAUACCCCUGCCACAUUCUAUGUCAGCCAGCGCAGGCCUGGACUCGAUGCCGGCGCGUCAGAACCCAUCUUGCCGCAACGAAGCCAGCAGCAGCAACCCCAGACUUCGUCGGCUCACCAGUUUGACUUUAAUAGCCCGAGCGACUCUGGCACCAACGAAUCGUGGCCACCAUUGAUCAUGAAUGAUCAAACCAGCUGGCGCACAGUACUGGAUCCAAGCAAGGCGUCGUCGGCCCCUUCUUCAGGGCCCCGAACAAAAACAACCACAUCCAUGCCAGCAGGUGGCAGCCCUUACGGGUUCGGAUCCGGGUUUCCGAGUGACGAGGUCAAUGUACCCCAGUUUCCGCCGCCCAACCCUCGAGGCGAUUCCAUCAUGUUAGACAUUGACUGGGUAAGUUCAGAUCGCUGGCCGCUGGCCGCUCCUUGUGCUGUCGAGACAUGA